AGGUGGCACUGACUGGCAUUGAUAGGUGGCACUGACUGGCACUGAUAGGUGGCACUGAAAGGCAGCUCAGAUGGGCACUGAUAUGUGGCAUUGAUGUUCACUGGUAGGCACUGAUAUGUGGCAUUGAUGAGGCACUGAUGGGCACUGGCAGGUGGCAUUGAUGAGCACUGACAGCUGGCAUUGAUGGGCACUGACAGGUGGCUCUGCUGGGGCUACACUGAUCAUCAGGGCACACUGAUCAUCACUGUCAGCGUGACAGCUUGUGAGAAGAGAAAUGCCGAUAACCGGCAUUUCCCUAUUUACAUACGAGCAGCUGUGAUUGGACACAGC